AUGCCUCACUUCUGCGCCACUACUCCUACAGGAUACAACAAAACAGUUCUACAUAGAUGCAAUGCAUCGGACUAUGCCACUGGAGCCAUAUUAUCCCAACGCAACCCUGAAGGGAAACUAGCUCCAGUAGCCUACCUAUCCAAGUCACUGUCCCCUGCUGAAAAGAAUUACAACAUUUUUGACAAGGAACUAUUGGCAGUCAUUAGGGCAUUUAAAAUGGCGCCAUUUACUGGAAGGAUCAGAGUUACCAAAUUUGGAGUAUUUCUCUACAUCACAAUCCCUGAACAAGCGUCAAAUUCGAUGGCAAAUUUCCUAGUAGACUACAAUUUCCAAAUCAUCUACAGACCAGGAGCACAAAAUAAGAAGGCAGAUAUCCUCUCUAGACGCUAUGAUCUAGUACCCCUUGAAGGGGGGGUAGAGAACCAAGUUCUCUUGAAACCAGAACUUUUCAUCUCAUCAAUCACCCCAGAUCAGGAAAUUAACGACCUGAUUGGUGAAGCAAUCUAUGAGGAUGAACGUCUUAAAGAGAUCUUGUACAAGCUCCAGAACAAGAAUAAAGUAGUCGAUUGGGAGUUAAAAGAAGGAUUACUAUGGUUUCAAGGGAAAAUAUUUGUACCUAAGGAUGAGACUAUCAGGAACCUUAUUCUAGAAUCCAGACAUGACGCUUUAGCAGCAGGGCAUCCAGGACAGACCAGAACAUUGGAACUUGUCUCCCGAAAUUAUUACUGGCCUUCCCUGAAGAAAUUUGUCAACUCUUAUGUCAACCAUUGUGAAACCUGCAUUCGGUCCAAACCUACAAAUCAAGUACCUAUAGGUCUAUUAAAGCCAUUACAAAUUCCUGAACGUCCUUGGGAAGAUAUAGCAUACGAUAUGAUUGUAGGAUUACCAGUUUCAGAAGGGUUUGACGCUAUCCUCACUGUCAUUGACCGGUUCUCAAAAAUGGUACAUUUCAUUCCCACUCAAUCCACGGCGUCUGCUAUCGACAUUGCCAAUUUGUUCACAUACGUAUGGAAAUUACACGGUCUACCUAGGAGUACAGUCUCAGAUAGAGGUCCCACUUUUAAUGCCAACCUACCAUCCGCAAACAGAUGGACAGACAGAACGGAUACAAAAGAGGCUGAAAUCUUCAUUCGAAUGUUUGGGAAUCACCAACAAUCGGACUGGGUAUCAUUACUCCCUAUAGCCGAGUUUGCCCUUAAUAACUUAAAGCAAUCUUCCACGGGUAAAUCCCCUUUCCAAAUAUGUUACGGAGUAAAUCCACGAUUCUCUGUGGGUCAAAAAUCAGAUGAAUCUGUUCCCAAUGCAGACAAACAUGCAGAAUUCCUAGAAAAAGGCUACGAUGAAGUCAAAGCAGCACUCUCAUUGUCACAAGAAAGGAUGAAACAUUUCUACAACCAACGUCACAGGGAGGAAGAAGAAAUUCAAGUAGGAGAUAAGGUCUGGUUAAGCCAUCAAAAUAUAUCCACCGACAGACCGUCCAUUAAACUCAGCCAUAAAAAGUUAGGACCCUACUUAGUCAUUGAAAAAUUGUUCCACCCCGAUCCUCACGGACGUGAUCCUCCUCAACCUGCACCAAUCAUCACAGAAGAAGGUGAAGAGGAAUACGAAAAGUUAUGGUACCUGGUCAAAUGGAAAGGAUAUGAUGAAGGAAGUAAUUCAUGGGAGCCAAUAGACAAUGUGGGAAAUGCUCAAGAAAUCCUAGAAGAAUUUCACAAGGAACAUCCUGACGCAGUUGGAGCUUGA